AUGGCGUCUCCCCUGGAGCAGGCACUGGCCGUGAUGGUCUCAACCUUCCACAUGUACUCAGGGAAGGAGGGGGACAAGUACAAGCUCAGCAAGCAGGAGCUCAAGGACCUGCUCAUGAAGGAGCUGCCCACCUUCAGCGGACAAACCAACGAGGCCAACUUACAGCAGCUCAUGCGCCACCUGGACAGCAACAGUGACAGCGAGGUGGAUUUCCAGGAAUACGUGACCUUCCUGGCCUGCAUGGCCAUGAUAUGCAACGACUUCUUCCAGGACUACCCCGACAAGAUGCCGCGCAUGAAGUGA